AUGAUCAUUAUCUUCUGGCUCAUCACACCUCUUCAGAGUUCCGUCAUCGGAUCAGGACUCGUCGUUGUCAAAAAGCAGCUUCCAGUGGCCAUAACCUCGUCAUUUCUGCCUGCAAGUAACCAAUCCGUUCUGCUCGACCAGUCCAUCAUGAACGUCGGGUUUGCGACAACGUGGCUUGGCCAGCCUCUUCUGCCCUUUACAGCACCCGAUUAUACUCUGUUGCCCUUUAAAUCAUCCCAGUCUCCCGAGACUGGUGGCCCGGCGGCGAAUUGGACGGGCACAACCACGAAACUGACCACCGAACUUGAGUGUUGGCGAGCUGCUAUCAGCGAUAGCCCAAUCUACGGCGCCUAUCACUUCAACAACGGGCGAGGCUGCAAUGCCAGUACGAUAGUCCCAUACAACUCACACGCAGGCAAAUAUCCUUUCAGGCUGCUUUACAUUGGGUAUCACAACGAUGCUCAUGCGGAUUAUUUCCUAGCUAGCCCAACUUGCUCCCGCAAUACGUCAAACCAAUUCCUGGCCAUCUGGAGUGCUUUUGUUGAGGUGGGCAAGACCAACGUAACGGCGGUGUUUUGCGAGGCGACGUACUACAAGCAAAAGGUAUCUGCCACCGUCUCAGGACCUAGAUCUAUUCCGAUUGAAGACAGCAUCGUUCCUCUCGGCCCUCGCGAAACACUUUUGGACACAGAGUUCAACCAUACGGGCCUCCAUUAUCUCCUCGGCAGCGGAGUGUCAGCAGUCGCAACGGAUCGAGAUUGGUAUGCUCACCAUUUCCUGGAGCAGUACACCCGCCUUUAUGAUACCGGCUUUUCUUUGCCUGCGUCUCCGAUGGUUGGCUUCGCGGUUGGAUCGGACCCCAGCAAACCGGCCAAAGAUUAUGGCAACCAUACCGCACUGGGGCAAGCUUUCGUGGCGCCACAAAAGAUGCUGUUUCAUCUGGCUGUCAACAAGGUCCUGGCAGAUGCGGAUGAUGUAGCUCCCACGAAUGGCACGGCGACAUAUUUCAUGCAUGGGUUUAUCGUCAGUAGACCGAUAUCCCUUGUCGUCGAGACUCUGCUCCUGCUUGUUGGUGCAAUGUCGCUGGCACUCCUCUGGUGUAUUCAAGCCAAAGAGAGUAAGCUGCUCGGAGAACCAGGAUCUGUCAGCGCACUGAUCCAGGUUAUUCGGAAGAGCCCAGAGCUGCUUGAUGAGUUCUCUGGGCAGGGGUCUACGCCUGAAGAGAAGCUUCGUAAUGAGUUCGAGGACGAAAGGUUCAGAUUAUGCUGCGGUUGUGAUUCUGCAUCUGGUGCCACAGAGCUCAAGAUCUUGGGGUCAGGGGAUCGGCCUGACAGGAUCCUGUCGCUCUUCCGGCCUUCUGCAGGUCAUUACGAACCUGUUGAGCCGCUGGCUCUUCGAACAUGCAGUGGGAUUGCUUUCAUCAUGGCUUUACUGGCAAUGCUAGCUGGGCUUACUUACCUGAAAGUAAAGGAAGAAGCUCUUGGUGGUCUCAUCCGUCCCCAUGAAAGCUUUGAGGUUCUACUGAUUUUGCAAAGUUUCAUUCCGACGGUGCUUGCGACUCUGAUAGAGCCAUUCUGGGUGCUAGUAAACCGCCUUCUUUGCGUCCUUCAACCGUUCAAGGACCUUUUCGAAGGUCAAAGCACAAGUAGAGGGUCGAUCGACGCAAACUACACCUCGAUUCCGCCGCAACUCGUGGUCUGGCGCGCACUACGGGCACGACACUAUAUGCUGGCCAUCGUUUGUAUCAUGGCGCUUCUUUGCGAUGUUCUGGCCGUUGGCCUUGGUGGUUUGUUUAACGAAGGUCCCACGCGCUCUGAAUACUCGAUUCAAUUGAAACACGAUGCGGCACCACGACUAAGUAAUGACUCUCUCACUACUUUCGCCGAUAUGCUCAGGAUGCCCUAUCCGUACGAGGAGCACUUCUACGUCACUUCAGCCAACAUUACUUUGAACACAACACUCCCACCUUGGACUUCGACGGAGUAUUUUUUCCAGCCAUUCUCCGCAUCUCAGACUGGUGGUAAAAAUACAACCGAGAUUCUUCGGGGGCGGACACGUGGAUAUGGUAUUGAUCCCCAAUGCGAGACGGCUAUAUCGAACACGCAACCGCCUUCAGUGGAUUUAACCGACUUCAAGGCCAAGCACUCUAUAACGAAGUCUCUCGGAUGCACCGAUGUCUAUCAACCGGAAUACCUCCGCUUGAACGAAUCCACAGCACCACCGCAGGGUCCUUCUUCCGUCGAAUCCCCAGACACGUUUCUAUCUGGCAGGCUGGCCGAACCAUGCGCAAAGACGUUCAUCAUGGGCUGGGGUCGAACAUCCAACGGCAGCGACGCCAACGGCACCGUGGAGUCUGGCUUCGUGCUCUGUUAUCCUCGCUUCCGCACCGCCUUGUUUGACGUGACGAUCAACACCGAAGGUCACGUCCUCGAAUAUGAAAAGGCCAGCGAGAUGGAGUACGACCUCGGCUACCCUGGCUUCACCAACCAGACAGACAACCUCAUCAUUGUUUCGAACAACAUCAUCGCUAGAGCCGAGGGGCGCUGGCACAACCACACCUUCACCCGCGACUGGAUGAGCGAACUCAUCAGGCUGGAAACGAACAGCUCCGAUUUCGUCAACCCCCUCAAACCCCUGCCGAGCCCGGAAACCAUGCUCGACCACGUGGGCCCGAUGUACACACGUCUCUUCGCCCUCUUCCUCGGCCUCAACUCCUUCAUCUUUGACAAUGACUCGUCCGCCGAGCCGGCCUUUGAGGGCCAGCGAUGGGCCCUUGAGACGCGCAUCUUCAUGUCCGAACCCGCCUUCCUCGUCAGCACGACCAUCCUCAGCCUCAGCCUCGUCGUCGCCGCCGUGCUCUACGGCUGGUCCAUCGCCUUCUUCUUGCCGCGGAUGCCGACAAACAUCGCCUCCGUGCUGGCCUACGUGGCGGCUAGCACGGCCGUGAGGGAAUGCAGCCCCGAGCAGUACAAGACUCGCACGUUUAGUUUCGGGAGGUACAUUGGCGUUGACGGGAGGGCGCACGUGGGCAUCGAUACGGACCCAUCGGUGGUGCCGAUACAGCUCAAGUCGUUGAGGAAAGGCAACACAAAUCCCAGGCGAAGCUGGUUGGGUAAACUGAGGAAACGCCACACAGGAGGAAACAGGGGCGGCGAUACGUGGCUGUGAUGAGCAGCGCCUUCAAGAGCGCUGGCAGUAGAUACUACAAACGCCGAUCAUCUUUUACGUCAAGGUUC